AUGGAUUUUUCAUUUUUCCUUUCAGAUGACCUCAUGCAGCUAAUAAAGUUAUGUCCCCACACUGAAUUAAUUCAGUGUCUCACUAAAGAAUGGAAUGGGAAGCCACCAUCUUUAUCCUUUGGUCUUGCUAUACUUUAUUUGUUCUCUGCAGAUAUGAAAACAGUUGGCAUUAAGCUACUUCAAGAAAUAAAUAAAGGUGGAAAAGAUGCAGUUGAAUAUCUUAUGAUAAAUGAUCCAUUUUGCUCCCUAGAAAGUUGGCAAGAAAUGGCAGAUAUAUGUUUACAGAAUGGCUUUGACAAAUUAUCUAAUAACAUCAUGUCCAUUCUUCGAUCUCAGGCUGGAGUUACAGAAAUUUCUGAAGAGGAUGAUACACUCAACUUAAUGGAACAUGUUUUUUGGUAGUUCUAUAUCUUAACCAGUUGAGGGAGCUUGUACAACAUUUUAUGUAUGUUGGUUGGGCAAAUUGAUUUUGGCAUAACUAACUUAUGAAUAAAUCUAGAGUAUGAAGC